AUGGACGAUGAACUCGACAUUAACGAGCUCCUCCAGAUGGAGAUCGAGCUGGAAGGCAGUGAUCUGUCUCUUGAACGAGACGCCAAGGUCAAUCUGCUUAAAUUCCUUCAAGUCAAGACCGUGAAGAAGUAUGAACGGGCGUAUGACAGUUUGUAUUAUGAACUGAACAUGGAUGGGGGGUUGGAAUGUCUUCACAGGAUAGAAGAACUCAAUCCAAAGUCCAGCCUCUUUCAGCCCGAAGGGUUGGAGCCGCAGGGUUGCGAUGCGGACGAGAAUCUUGGGAAACAACUGGACUUCUACCGUGAAGGCGCUCUCCGCGCAAAGGUGCAACUGGAUAAGCUUGUACGGGAGUUGGUGAAUGGCCACCAGGGACGCACGGGUCUUUAUGCCGAAGUCAAGUCACUCGAAAGCACAAGGCGCAAGGCCACAAAGUCCUAUGGUGGGGACGUCCGAAGAUUGGCAGACAUGGCUCGGGUGUCCGUGAUCUGCGACACACCUGAGGAUCUCGAGCUUGCGUGCAAGGACCUCAUGGAGAGCGUCGAGCCACACCAUGUGAAACGGGUGCGCAAUGGGUUCAACUCUGGCUGGAAGCCUAGCGGGUAUCGGGACGUUAAGGUGAACACCGUUGUGAGCGGCCAUCUUUGUGAGAUCCAAUUGCAAUUGGGAAGCUUCUUCAAGUUGAAGGACGGCCAGCAUGAGGUGUACGAGUGGGCGCGGGAGCUCAAGGUAUCCACGGAAAUGGAUGCGGACCACCUGUUCAAGAUGUGGUCCCCCGGGAUCACAGAAGAGAUGGUCCGCCUUGCUCAACAAAAUUGGCGUCGCACUCGGUUCUAUUUACCGGACUUGCUGGCCGACGCAGCGCAAUACGUUCAAGCCGAAGAGGGCUACAAGGAGAGACUUAGUCGGGCGGAAGCUGCGCGACGGGGCAUUGAAGACCAGGAGAACCAACAAUGGAGACAAGAAUUGCUGGUUGAAGCUUCGGCAGCAUGCGACCUCGGUGUAGUUUUGGCCCAACAGGGCAAGUACGAAGACGCGGACGCUCUCUUCGUGCAUGUCCUACGAGAUCUGGGUGCAACCGCAGGCACAGAACAUCCCAACUAUGCUUCAGUGCUCAACAACCGAGCGGGGUUGUUGGGGAUCCAGGGCAAGUUCGAAGAGGCAGACCCUAUGUACCUUGAAAGUAUUAAGAUUGGAGAGAGGACACUGGGUCCCAACCACCCAAGUCUUGCCGUAAGGCUCAACAACAGGGCAGGGUUGUUGGAGAGCCAGGGCAAGUACACUGAAGCUGAGCAACUCUACGAGCGGUGCAUGGCAAUAGAGGAGGAGGUCCUCGGCCCUGAACACCCGAGCUUGGCCGCAACGCUCAACAACCUGGCAGAGCUCAAGCAGGACAUCUGUGAGCAAGCCGAUCCUCUAAACAAGCGUGCGCUUGCCAUUUGGGAAAAAUCGUUGGGGAGUGAGCACCCCCAAGUGGCCACAGGACUAAACAACCGAGCGGCUUUGUUGGAGCUGCAGGGCGAGUACGAUGAGGCACGCUCUCUGUAUCGUCGAGCUAUUGAGAUUGGCGAGAAGACGCUUGGCCCCGAUCACCUAGAUCUUGCCCCACGUCUCAACAACUUGGCGCUGCUGUUAAAGAAACAGGGCGAGUACGAGGAAGCAGACCUUCUCUACCUUCGAGCUAUUGCGAUUGGGGAGAAGAAUCUCAGCCUCGACAACUUGGAUCUUGCCACAUGGCGCAACAACAGGGCACUGCUGUUGGAGAGCCAUGUGAACCGGUAGAAAUUACAGUAAAGUUCUUGUAGUGCCGACAGAUGUUGUGGAUUCAACCUGCGGCAUUGGUGUUUGGAAAGUCAGGGAAGGGAAGUCUUACAUUUUUCACGAAUUUGUUGUGGUACCCCAUGGGUGUUGUGGGCCCCCAACACCCAGGCAGUUGAGUUGUGAGAGGUCCGUAAAGAGUCGCCAGGAAAAUUCAUUAAUCGUUGGUUUAGGUCGGUGUAGAUGGGCCAGCCUGUACCGACAGAUCUUUGUUUUCGGUGGCGAUGGGCUGGCUUUCAUGCGCUCAACGAUUGUACCUGGGCGAUGGGAUUUGAGAUCCAGGAGGGAGUCAUCUGAAAUGUCAACGUUUCGUCAUUAUCAACAAGCCCACUGGUGGACCGAUCCCUCUCAACAGCCAACUGCUUGCCACGCAGCGCAGGUCGAAGAACAUGAGCCACUGGGCGAGGUGACCGACCGCACAUGACUGGGUGUUCUCAAUGAAUAUAGCCAUCACAAGUGUCUGAAGGGCUGAAGCGACUAAGUUUUUCUUU